AUGAAAUUGUUAAUUAUUGUUUUAUCGAUGGUAAUAAUCCAUGCAAGUGAAUCAAUUGUACUUCUGUACGAUACAGAAAUAGGUUCUGGCAAAGAAGAAACUCAUUGUAUUUAUUAUGUUAAAGAUUUUACUAUAAAAUACUGUGUUCGAAUAGAAAAAGAUUGGGAAAUGUUUCCUUAUAACAAUAAUUGUUCAAAUGGUGAACAAUGGAAAUUCUCAAAACUUCUUCAUGAAAAUAUUUCACCUUGGGACGUUUUAUCAUGGAGUUCAAGUACUGGAAAAGCAGAAAAUUAUGCUCGUAUUUAUUAUAAUCGAUCGAUUAAAUUUGAUGAAAAUGAUUUUCUAUGUAAAUGUACAGAACAAUCAUCAUUUGGUAUAGAUUGUGAAUAUAAGUUAUUGUUCAAUUCAUCAAUGCUUAGUGAUGCUAUACAAAUCACUUUCGAACAAAAAGAAAAUACCGAUGGUCAUCAAAUGUACGGUAGUAUUAUAUGUUAUGAGACAUUAAUUUGUAAUUACGGUAUGUUAUGUCUUGAUUGGAGAAAUAUUUGCGAUCGAAUGCAAAAUUGUAUGAAUGGAAUUGAUGAAGAAAAUUGUCAUUUAUUAGAAUUUAAUGAAUGUGAAAUUGAUGAAUAUCGUUGUAUGAAUGGAAUGUGUAUUCCACAUGAAUAUUGGCUUGAUGGUCAAUAUGAUUGUAUGGAUUGGAGUGAUGAAUUACCCCCUCCUCCAUUAUCGUUAACGGAUUGUGCUCUUAAACCAUUAAUAUUCGAUUGUGAUGAUCAUCUAUGUUUAGGUAUGACUUGGUCAUGUGGAGACGGACAAUGUAUUUCCAUGUUAACUCGUCAUAUCUAUCAAUCAUUUUUUUCAAGAGAUUUAGGUUGUUACAGUAUGCGAGAAUAUUAUGGAAUGUGUGAAACAGCUGCUCAUACAUCACUAUGGACAAAGGAGAAUGGUCUUUGCGCCAAAUCUGGUUACGACCAUAAGUUUUUAACCCAUCCUACUGUAGAUCACUUUUGUACUUAUCUAAUACGUUGUGCUCUAUCUAAAGGCGCUGAAAUUCGUUGCCCAUGUAAUGGUGUAAAUUGUAGUAUUUUAUUUAUUGAUUUCUGUAACGACGCCGGUGCAUUUAUAUAUCCACCGGCCGGUAUUAUUCGUCCAUGGCUCUUGAAUGCGUAUCUUGUUGAUAGAAGUUGGGAAAAUACUUUACCAGACCGUAUGUACGUUUUCGGAAGUUAUCGAUGUCGAGGAUUUAUGGGUAAUAUAACAAUGUUUGAUCGUUAUUUUUUUCCUGCAGAUAAUCACCUUAGUACCGCUAUUCUCGAACGCACUAUAUGUAAGCAAACUCCAUUGAAGAAUCGAGAUUCUCAAUCAUUAUAUCAGUACUCAAAUACAUGUUGGAAUGAUUCAUUGACGUUCAAUGGCCAACCAUAUGCUUUUAGUGAUUUUUGUCAAUCCAAAUCUGAAUGUUACUCACAAUAUCGAAUUCGAGAUGGUUAUGGUGAUUGUUAUAAUGAAGAGGAUGAAGGAAAUCAUUCAAUACCACAAAUAAAUUAUUGUCAUCGUAUUCAACAACACCGUUUUCAAUGCUCUUCUCAACAACUAACUUGUCUUCCAGCAAGACUUUUCGUUGAACUCAUUAAUCUAAAUGUCGGUUGUGUAAAUAAAUAUGACAAGUUCAUCAAUGGUAAUGGUCGUGCAUUAAAUACAAUGAUGUGUAAGGAAGAUAAUGAUUAUAAUGAAUGUCAAUCACUUCGAUAUUAUAUUGGUAAUUCAUCUAUUAUUAAUGGAACAUUUAAAGAUGAUCAAGAUGAGGAUAUAGAUCGUAGUUCAACUUUGAAACCUUUUCGAUAUUAUUGUGAUAGUCUCUGGGAUGAAGCAAUAACACACACAGAUGAAGAUUCUUCGGAAUGCCAAAUGUGGAUUUGUAAUGAAAAACAAUUUCAAUGUCGAACAGGUCAAUGCAUUGAAUUAGAAUGGGUAUGCGAUGGUGAAUGGGAUUGUUCAGAUGCAUCCGAUGAAUUUCAUCUUAACACUAGUUUGUCUGAUCACAAUAAAAAUCUUGUCGGUUUAAAUGAACGCAAGACAAAGUGUCAAACAUAUAAUGCACUAUUACCCUUUUCUGAUAUUUGUAUUUUUGAUUAUGAAUAUCCUUGUUAUCGAUCAAACGUUUCUAAUCCAUUAGAUAUUAAUAAAUAUCGGCCAUGUAUUAAUCAUACUCAAAUCGGUGAUCGGAUUGAAGAUUGUUAUGGAGGAAUAGAUGAAAAGAAUAUGUUUGAAGAUUGUCAAUCAAAUAUGCUUGGAUAUACUCUUCGAUGUGGUGACAAAUGUCAAUUCUAUACUACUGCAUGUUUACAAGGAGAUUGUAUGACAUCAUUGUUGUGUUUCUAUAGAAGUGAAAAUACAUCAUGGUGCUCAAAAGAAAAAGAUGUCAUUUGUCUCAAUGGGACAUGUAUUCCAGAUGGUCGAUGUGAUAAAGUUCAUCAAUGUUUACAUGGAGAAGAUGAAUAUUGGUGUGCAUUGGACACUUCAGUAAUGACUAUCUUUUAUCGACAAAAUAAAAGAUCAUUUCAACUUCGACAUAUCCCGGACGUACAUUUAAUGAAUUUUCCAAAAGAAAAUCACUCAGAUUUUCAAAUAAAUACAAAUCAACAAGCAGAUUUCAGAGAUAUACCUUCACAAUUGCCAGGAAAAAAACUGAAUGAUUUAUUCUAUAGAUGUAAUCAAGGUUUUCCUGCUUAUAUACCAGUUAUACAUACUUUCUACUGUUUGUGUCCACCUACUUAUUAUGGUUUUUUCUGUCAAUUAUUUUCGGAUCGCUUAUCCGUCAUUACUCAUCUUGAUUUAACAACAUUACCAAAUGAAUAUUUAACAAAUUCAUUCAUCAUAGUUGCCACAUUACAUUUGAACAACACAAUUGAAGAUCAUCAUUUGUUUUAUAUUAAUCCAACUAUAUUAACUCACAAAUCUUUGAAAGAACAUUUUUAUCUUCUCUAUUCUCGAUCAAAUAAUUCUUUGCAAUAUAAAAGAGAACGAUAUUUUAAUGGUACUGAUAUUCUCAAUCAUCAUCCAUAUUCUGUACAUUUCGAUAUAUUUUCUUUAACAAAUGAUCGAAUUGAUGAACUUGGUUCUUUUAUCUAUCCAAUUUAUUUUGAUUUUCUACCUGUUUUUCGUCUGGCAACUAUCUUAAGAUUUCCAUCAUGGUUUCGUAAUUCUACUCUUGAUCCAUGUUAUUCAGAUCCAUGUAAUGAAAAUUCGUCGUGUAUACCCAUCUUAAAUCAAAAUAAUUCUUUCCGAUGUUCAUGCAAAUCUGGCUACAGUGGAAACAAUUGUCAGAUUUCUCAUCCUGAAUGUGAAUCGUAUUGUGCUCCUACAGCUUUCUGUCGGCCUGGCUAUCGUGGUGAGAUCAAUGGUCCAACAUUGCCUCUAUGUAUUUGUCCAUUGGGUUCUUUUGGACCUCGUUGUUAUAUACGAAAUGAAGCAUGUAAAUCAAAUCCAUGUGGAAUGAAUUCGACGUGUCAUGCCACGUAUGAUCCUAGUGGUGAAAAACCAUUCUUCUGUAUAUGUCCUCAACAAUAUUAUGGUGAUCAAUGUCAAUAUGAAAAAGUUCCUGUCUAUAUUCAAAUGAAUCUAACAACUUUAACAGAUAUAGCAGUAAGUGUUAUUCAAUUUUAUAACAUAACAACGUCUGCAAUAUCACUAAAAUUACUUGAUCAGCAAGUCACACAUGGUAUACCUAAGAUUAUUCGAUAUAAUCAUUCAAAAGAAACAUCCCCACCGAUUGCUCUUCUCAAGACUUAUGAUAAAUUAACUAAUUGGAAAUAUUUUAUUCUUUAUAUUCAAUCAAAAUCAACUAGAAUUAUCAAUAUAACUUCAACACCAAAAGAAUGUCCAAAUGUACUGAUUUUACUUUCUCAAAUGAAUAUAAAAUCAUUGAGUACAACGAAUAUCUUUCGAUAUCAUCAGAUUUGUCGAAAUAAUACCAAUCAAAUAUGUUUUUAUGAUCGAAAUUAUUUUUGUUUCUGUCGACAAAAUCAUUACGGUGUUAAUUGUUUUCAAUAUGAUCUUCUUAUUGAUAAAUGUAAUCAAUGCUUUUUGAAUGGAAAAUGUAUAAAAGGUGAUUUAGAAGAUGCCAAUGAUUUCAUUUGUCUUUGUCGAUCAUGCCAUCAAGGUCGUCUUUGUGAAUUUAGUUUAGAAGCUUUUGGUUUUACUUUAGAUUCAUUAUUAAUUUCAAGCUUAACAAUUAUUCAAUCUAUUUAUAUUGGUCUUGCUUUUGUUCUUUUUAUUAUUGGAUUCUUAACUAAUUUAUGUGCAUUUGUAACUUUUAAACGAAAACCAUCUCGAAAAUUUGGUGUUGGAAAUUAUCUUUUAGUUACGACUAUUCUUAAUCAAUUAAGUUUAGUUUGUUUAUUAUUUAAAUUUCUUCAUGUUCUUCUUGGAGCAAAAGGAAAAACAAAUGAUAUAUCUUGUAAAAUCAUUAGUUAUCUUCUUUCAAUUUUGACUCGUUCAACAUAUUGGUUAACAAGUUGGGUAACAAUUGAUCGUUUAUUUAUUGUUCUAUAUCCAACAUCAUCUAUAUUGAAAAAACCUAUGAUUUCAAUUUAUAUGAUAAUUAUAACUCUAUUUAUUCUUUGUCUUAUGCAUUUUCAUGAAAUUUUAUUUUAUAAAACAAUUCAUGAACAACCAAAUUCAUCAACUUUAUUAUGUAUUCCUCGAUUUGAUGAAACUUCUAUUGCUAUUUAUAAUCGAGUCAAUACAUUAAUACAUUAUCUUCUACCUUUUUCUAUUCAAAUUAUUUCGAUUACUUUAUUAAUCAUUCAUGCUGCUCGUAGUCGAUCAAAAACUUCACAAAAUAAAAUAACAUUAAGUCAAUUAAUAAAAAAACAAUUUUUUGUUCAAAAAGAACUUUAUAUAACUCCAAUGAUUAUUAUUGUUGCUGCUUUACCACAAGCUAUUCUUUCAUUUAGUUUAGCUUGUAUUGAAUUGAAUGAUUUUAAACGACAUUUAUUUUUAUCAACAUUUCUUCUUUCUUAUUCUCCACAAAUUCUUGGAUUUAUUCUUUAUGUUGUUCCAUCAACUGUAUUUAUGAAUGAAUUCAAACAAACAAAACUAGCAAAGAAAUAUUUGCAAUGGAUAAUUAAAACUUCAUCAAAAUAA